AUGUCUACUUUUCACCAGUUCUCUGAGCUCCCUAAAGAGUUACGGGAUAUGAUUUGGAGCUUCGUCAUUCGAGACGACAACCCGGGAGUGCAUAUAUUCGGCGAUGGUUAUGAUAGAACGAAAAACGAGAACGAGAUUCGUAAGCUCAUGUACUGCGGCCGUCCAUGCUUCGAUUAUGCUGCGCUCCCAUGGCGUCAUUAUUUUGACAGCCUUGACGAGAAUCGCAGCGACGAAAACGUGUCAACGUACCUUAUCGACGGCGGACUAUGGACCGCUUGCAAAGAGUCACGACUCAUCAUGGAGAAGCACUUUCGACAAUCAGAAUGGCCUAAAAAACAAGAGUGCGACAGAUACUCUAGCCAGGCGAGCAAAGAACAUUUCAAGAUUCCCGCGACCGGUUAUUUUCAAGGAGACGAGCUUCACUGCCUGACAGUCUUCCCCCACAGAGACCUCUUUGUUUUACAGUUGGACGAUAUCGCCACUACCCAUUGGUGGGCGCUAUACUUGACAUCAAAUUUAGGGGAAAAUCUUCUUGGUUGUGAGGGAAUCAGGCAUCUUGCCAUCGAGUAUUGUCCCGAAUGGACCGAAGGAUCGUACUAUGCGAACAAACAUGUCAAGCGGAAGCUUGUAGAAACCAUUUUCGAGAUUGGUACCUCCGUGGAUAAAUUAUGGUUCAUCGAUCACACCCUUAAAAGAAGCGAAAAUGCCCCUGUAUUUAAAGAGAUAACGAACGAGACCUGGAAGAUGAAUGCAUUCUAUGCUGCCGACAGAAGGUUUCUGGAGGUGGACAUCUUUGACUCCAAAAGCAAAGCUGACUGGCGAUACAUCAAGCCAGGUUGGGAUAAGUCAGACCGCGAGCACAGCUUAUCGCAUGAUUUUGUGUGGCAUUUGGAUCACCUUAUUGAAGAGAGAAAGGAGAUAGAUGAUCCCGAUGCUACAGAGCAGGAGAUAGAGUAUACUUGUGACAUCGGGCUUCUUGGUUGGGACACCCUUUGA